AUGGAUCGAAGUUGGAUGAAAGCAAAACGCAUCAGUGAUGAGUAUGAGAACGGGGUGGAACAAUUUCUACAGUUUACGCAACUUAAUGCUGAAAGUUUGAGGGGCAAUUAUUUUUGCCCAUGUGUUAAAUGUCUUAAUGGUAGACGACAGUCAGUUGAUGAAAUCCGAUCACAUCUGAUAUGUUACGGCAUCAUUCCAAAUUACACAAAAUGGAUAUGGCAUGGGGAAUCGGCAGACAUUCCAAUUGUUUCUCAGUCUCAGGCGGUUCACGAAGACAGCGGAGAGCGUAUAGAGGAAAUGAUCCGUGAUCUUGGACAAGAGACUUUUGAGCAAGCGCAUGCACCUCUGUAUGAUACAAUAGAACGUGAUUCCAACACGCCAUUGUAUCAGGGGUGCACAUCUUUCACGCGGUUGUCAGCUGUGUUAGCUUUGGUAAACUUGAAGGCAAGAUUUGGGUGGAGUGAUAAAAGCUUCACUGAAUUGCUGGUCUUAUUGAAGAACAUGCUUCCUGAACAAAACACUUUGCCAAAAAAUCACUACGAGGCCAAAAAGAUUUUGUGUCCAGUGGGAAUGGAGUACAAGAAGAUCCAUGCAUGCCCUAAUGAUUGCAUAUUGUAUAGAAAUGAGUAUGCAGAACUACGGCAAUGCCCCACGUGUGGGGUAUCACGAUACAAAGUGCAACAUGAUGAAUUAACUGAUGAUGCAGGAACCAAAAAUUGUCGUCCUGCCAAGUGGAAGACAAUUGAUCGUUUGUAUCCAGAGUUUGGGGAUGAGCCAAGGAACCUAAGGCUUGCUCUUGCUUCUGAUGGAAUGAAUCCUUAUGGUAGCUUAAGUAGCAACCACAGUUCCUGGCCUGUUUUACUGAUGAUUUACAACCUUCCCCCAUGGUUGUGCAUUUUGCGUAAAUACAUUAUCCUGUGUAUGAUGAUCGCGGGUCCAAGGCAGCCAGGGAAUGAUAUUGAUGUGUAUCUUACGCCAUUAAUCGAAGACUUGAAACAAUUGUGGGAAGAAGGGGUAGAUGUGUGGGAUGCAAAUGUGCAGCAGACGUUCAGGUUACGCACAAUGGUGUUUUGUACUAUUAAUGAUUUUCCAGCAUAUGGAAAUUUAAGUGGAUACAGUGUGAAAGGGCAUCAUGCAUGUCCUAUCUGUGAGAAAAACACAAGCUUCAUCCAACUCAAGCAUGGAAAGAAGACAGUAUAUACCAGACACCGAAGAUUUCUAAAAGCUUUUCACCCUUAUCGACGAUUGAAAAAAGCUUUUAAUGGAAGUCAGGAGAAUGAAGGCCCCCCAAAAGCAUUAACUGGAAACCAAGUUCAUGAUCGUGUAAAGGACAUUGUAACCGUGUUUGGCAAGUCCCAAAAGAAGACAUCAUCUCCCAACAACAUGUGGAAGAAACGCUCAAUAUUCUUUGAUCUUCCAUACUGGAAGACAAAGGAUUGUUUGAAAUGUCGUCAAGACUUGGUUGACAUGGGAAUACGAGAGCAGUUGCAUCCCAUAUCACAAGGUCGACGAACAUAUUUACCCCCAGCAUGCCACACACUGUCAACAGCAGAGAAGAAAAGUUUUUGUCAAUGUCUGCGGAAUGUCAAAGUUCCACAAGGAUACUCUUCAAAUAUCAAGAGCCUUGUCGCCCUCAAUGAUCUUAAGUUGGUUGGCUUGAAGUCUCAUGAUUGCCAUGUCUUAAUGCAACAAUUAUUGCCUGUUGCGAUUCGCGGCAUCUUGCCUGACAAAGUUAGAGUUGCCAUAACCCGUUUGUGCUUUCUUUUUAAUGCCAUAUGUAGUAAAGUCAUUAAUCCUCAUCAAUUGGAUGACUUGGAGAAUGAGGCUGCCAUUGUCAUUUGUCAGUUAGAGAUGUAUUUCCCACCAUCAUUUUUUGACAUCAUGGUUCACCUCAUUGUUCAUCUUGUGAGGGAAAUUCGGUUGUGUGGUCCGGUUUUUUUGCGGUGGAUGUAUCCAAUUGAACGCUACAUGAAAGUGUUGAAGGGAUAUACCAAAAAUCAAUACCGACCAGAAGCUUCCAUUGUAGAAAGGUAUGUUGCUGAAGAAGCUAUUGAGUUUUGUUCACAGUACAUGGAAACAGUUGAAGCUGUGGGGGUACCGAAAAUUCGUCAUGACCGGACACGAGGAGGUCAAGGGACACGAGGCUUCAAUGUUGUUACCAUGAGUCAACAAGAUGUGUCACAGGCGCAUUUGUAUAUCUUGAAUAACACACAGGAGGUCGUUCCAUACAUACAAACUCACAAACAAUAUCUGACAUCUAUUAACCCAAAAUUGAACAUGAUGAAAUUGUUACAAGAGCAUAAUAGAACUUUCAUGAACUGGUUUAAAGAAACAAUAAUGACUGAUGACAAUGCUUCCAAAACAUUAAGAUUGUUGGCUAUUGGUCCGAAUCUAAAUGUCCCUACUUGGCAGGGGUAUGACAUAAACAAUUAUUCGUUCUAUACAAAGUCACAAGAUGAUAAAAGUAGUGUGCAGAAUAGUGGGGUGCUUGUGGAGGCUCAUUCUGAGCACUUUUCUAGAGCAUCUGAUAACAACCCAAUUGAAGCCUCAAUGCCUUAUUUCAGAGUUAUUGAAGAAAUCUGGGAGCUUGAUUAUAAUCAAUUUAGAGUGCCAGUAUUUAAAUGGAAAUACCGGUGUUCAUAG